UACAACACAAAAUGGCAGACGGUAGUUUGGAUACUGACAGCGAAGAUGAAAUUCCAGCUGGCUGGGAGGAAAGGAUGACGUUAGAUGGAGAUGUUUAUUAUGCCAACCACAGUACUGAGACAACUCAAUGGGAGCACCCUGUUACUAGAAAAAAGAAGUCAGCAAAGGGUGAAUUACCAUAUGGCUGGGAAAGGCAGUUUAAAGAUGAUGGAACUGUCUUCUAUGUGGAUCAUGUAAAUAAGAAAACCACAUUCACAGAUCCGAGACUAGCCUUCGCUGAGACGGAUGCAUCUCGGAAAGUGCUGCGUCAAAAAUAUGACUCCAGCAGUACGGCAUUACAUAUUUUGAAUGGACGGGACCUUACUGGAAAAUAUGUCAUUAUCACUGGGGCUAACAGUGGGAUAGGUUUUGAGACAGCCCGAUCCCUGGCAUUCCAUGGAGCUCAUGUAGUGAUGGCCUGUAGAAACACCAUGUCUGCCCAGACUUGUAGAGAUCUCAUACUGGCAGAGAGACCUGGGGUCAAGGUUACUGUCAUGAAGAUUGACCUUGCCUCUUUGAAUAGUGUGAAGGAGUUUGCUGACCAGUAUAAGCAACAGGAAUGGCCUCUGCACUACCUGAUUUGCAAUGCAGCUGUGUUUGGCCUGCCAUACACCCAGACAGAGGAUGGACUGGAGGCCACAUUCCAGGUGAACCACCUGGCCCAUUUCUACCUCACCAAGCUCCUGUGGACCCAGCUGAUGACUAGCGCACCUGCCAGGGUGAUUGUGGUGUCAUCUGAGUCGCACAGAUCAGCUGAUCUCAACAUCCUGAAUCUGUCAGAGGAGAAGUUAUCUCCCCUUGAAAGUGGUUACUGGGAUCUACGGGCGUAUAACCUGUCCAAACUAUGUAAUCUACUCUUCUCUCUACAUUUAAACACCCUGCUAUGUCGAUACAGGGUUUCGUCUGUUGCUCUUCACCCUGGAAACAUGAUGUACACCAAUUUACAGAGACACUGGUGGCUAUACCGAACAAUUUUCUACUUCGUUAGGCCUUGGACCAAGUCUAUGCAACAAGGAGCAGCAACCACCGUGUAUUGUGCAAUAGCCCCGGAGAUGCAGGCGGUGGGUGGCAUGUAUUUCAACAACUGUUGUCGCUGUCCGCCAUCCAGCGCUGGUGCCGAUGAUGAACUCGCUAAGGCAUUGUGGGAUAUAAGUGAAAAAAUGCUGAGUAAACGGAUCGGCAGGCCGAUCUGAACGCAUUGUUUUAUAGACUGUUAAAUAUAAUUUUAUAGACUGUUAAAUAUAAUUAAGGAAUUAUCGCAUUAUUUCUUGUGUUUAUGCUGUAUGAACGACGUAGGGCACCUAACCAACAAUGUUUGUUUGUAUAAAGGAAUAGCUGAUUUCUGUAAUGUUGUUCAUCAUUGGUUGAGUGACGUUGCAUUAAUCCAAUCCAAGAGGAAUUAUAAAAUAAACAAUGACGUCAUAACUCCUUGCGUGUUAUACAGUAACAACGUCAAGUUUUAUCUAUACAAAGGACUAGGCGAAUGUAAAAAUAUGAUUACGUGUACUUGAUUGUAAUCGAGUUUGUCUGUUAAAAUAAUGCAAGUUGGGAGGUUUGUAGUUUAGAUGUGAAAUAUAGGGAUCCUGUGGUUACUUUAUUACUUAAAGAAGGCCAUUUGAAAGUUUCAUUAAUUUUGGCUACUUUGAUUAUUGAAAAUUUAAUGCUUUCAUUGAAAUAACAUAAUGUAACAUUAUAACAUGCCAUAGAGUAUAUUGUAAUAUAAGGCCUCUGGCCCAUAAUACAGUUAUUUAUACAGUGUACAUGUAAAUUUAAACAACAUUGAAAUCAAUACAGUGUUUAACAAGACAUAUUUUGUAAUGAUCAAUUACGGUGCUAUCUAUAUUCUAGCAAAAUCAUUCCACAAAUAUAAGGGCUAUUUCAUUUAAACAUAUUACCCCCGUGGGGAAAGGCACUUUUGAAUUAUACCACCCUCCUACAGAAGCAAAUUUACCCUUUUGGGGUCCAUAUUAGUGAAAAAAAGACACACACCCAUAUACUAAGAAAAUAAUUGCCUUCCCCACGUAGGUUAUAUGUUUUACUGGAAUAGCCCUAAGUAAGAAAGUUGUUUUUGAAAGCUUUUUGCAAUCAGAAGGUAUGAAAAUUGAAAUUGGUAUAAACCAAAUUUAAACUAACUGGUGACAAAUGCUAUUGACCUAUAUAAUCACCAUUAAAUCUGUUCCAUUAGGCCUAAAAAAAACAAAACUGUUUGGUUAGGGUUACAUCCUUUUCCAAAAAAAGUAGGGUAGGUAGGCUUUUUUUUUUUUUUUUUUUUUUUAGGCUUUAUAUAAGAAUGUCAUUUUCAUCAUUGGAUAAUUGUGUUAAAGUUAUCUUCUGUAUAAGCUUUUAAGGUUUUGAACUACAAAGUGAAAAGCAAUUUAAUUUUUUUUUUUUUAUUUUUUACUUUUUUAUUUUUUUUUCAAACUGACUAUAAAAACGGUAGGGUCGGCGCCGAUUCCGUAAGUAGGGUCGGGUAACCCGAACCAAAUGUUUUUUUUUUUUUUAGGCUUUACUGGUGUCUAUAGUGAGAGGCAUUUUGAAUGGGACUUUAGUGACUAUUGAACCUGUUUCAUUGUAAAUAACAAAGACAUAUUGUAAUAUUAAUGUUCAGAUAGAAUCCAUGUGUAUAGAACAAAGUCUGAUUGAACAUUUAUUUAUACUUUGAUAUCUUAUUGUUGUUUCAGUAAUGGAUUGCCUUUAUCUGUGAUAUUUUGCAAAAAUGCAAAAGAAAUAAUAAAUGUAAUAUUAUC